UCCCUUUUUCUCCUCCGUCCAUAACCUGCCCUGGCUCCUCCUCCCUCCCCUCCUGCUCCACCACUGAAUGGGGCCUUUGUGGGGGGCUUCCCAGCAUUCCUAGGGAAUUCUUGCAGCAUGAGAGUACUUUCCAGUGCUGAGCUCACCUCUCCUUGAAGGACCUGCUGGAAGCAACAGGGUGUGAUCACACGAGCAGACCGAGUGGGAGGAAAGGAUCCUGAUCUUUCAAACCAGGUGAGCGACCACACACACAUGCUCAAAAAAAAAAAAAAAAAACGACUUCCUCACUGGAGCCUGUCGCCUCACACAAAUAUGAAGCACAUUAGGGAAAGCAUUAGCUCAUGAGUCAAUAUUUGCUUUAUUCAAACUUUCCCAGAGGUCUUAGCUGAGAGUGAUAACAUAUUCUAUCUGAUGAGGGAUAGGUGUUUUACAUAAACUGUAUGAUUAACAGACUGGCUUCACAUAGACAGGUCCGUGGCAGCUUGACUAACUGAAGAAUGUUGCAGACAGUCAGUGACUGGCUAUGGUGGGAGCGUCUGUGGCUGCCCGGGAACGUCUCCUGGGCUAAUCUGGAGGACAGUGAAGGUCGUGUCUACGCUAAAGCCUCUCAGCUUUAUGCCGCGGUGCCCUGCGCCCUCUGCCUGCUCCUCGUCAGAUACCUGUUCGAGAGGUUUCUGGCCACACCACUGGCUAAUGCUUGGGGAAUCAAGGACAAGGUCCGACUUAAAGCAGAACCAAACCACAUCCUGGAAAGUUUCUUCUGCAGCCAAACACGGGUUCCAUCACAGGCUGAUGUGAGGGCUCUUUGUAAGAAGACCAGUUUGCCAGAAGGGAGAGUUCAUAUCUGGUUCAGGAGGAGGAGGAACCAGCAGCGUCCAGGGCUUCGCAAGAGGUUCUGUGAGGCCAGUUGGAGAUGUGUCUUUUAUUUUUUUGCAUUUGUCUACGGAGUCUGGGCUCUCUAUGAUAAACCCUGGCUUUAUAAUCUGAGGGAGGUUUGGGCUGGCUUUCCUAAACAGUCCAUGCUGCAAUCCCAGUACUGGUAUUACCUCCUGGAAAUGGGCUUCUACCUCUCUCUGCUCCUCAGCCUCACAUUUGAUGUGAAACGGAAGGACUUCAAAGAGCAGGUGAUUCAUCAUAUAGCCACACUGACUCUUCUGAGCUUCUCCUGGAUCUCCAACUACAUCCGUGUUGGAACCCUCGUGAUGGCGCUUCAUGACUCAGCUGACAUACUGCUCGAGGGUGCCAAAGUAUUAAACUACGCCAAGUGGCACCAGACUGCUAAUGCCAUGUUUGUGGUGUUCACACUUCUCUUUAUGACGACCAGACUUGUCAUAUUUCCAUUCUGGCUGAUCCACUGUACAUGGGUGUACCCUGUCGAGCUGUUUGCGCCCUUCUUUGGCUACUACUUCUUCAAUGUGAUGUUGUGUGUUCUUCAAAUACUCCACUUCUACUGGGCUGUUUUGAUUUCACGGAUGUUUUACAAGUGUAUCUUCAGCAAGCUGGAAGGCGAUGACAGGAGUGAUGAAGAUGAGGAUGACUCACCUGAGGAAAGAAAUACAAAAAUGAGUCACAAAAAUGGCUCCGGAGUCAGAGGCCGGGCCAAUGGCCACUGACACACAAAAAAACCAGAAAGAGACACAGUGAUGGAAGACACAUGGACUGAAUUUAUGUUUCUCUGAGCUAAUACAAAAACACACACUUGAGCAAAGAUUUAGGAAA